GGGCGGGGCAGUCGUUGCCACAGAAGCCGCUUGCCGGUUACUAGCUGAGCUUUCUUUUGUGUCGCUGUUCUUUGGCGGGCACACUUGCACCGUAAGCAGUUCUAGGAAUUCGCCGGCUUCUGUCUCACGUCUCUUGCCUUCCUUCUUAGUCUUUCACCCGCUGCCCACUGGUCCCGCUCCCACCUAGCUGAUCCAGGGCAGGAUAGCACAGCUUUCAGCUUAUGUGGAAAAGUUGUGGAAGCCACCUAUAAAUCCAUUUGCUGAAUUUAUGGAGAAGCCUACAAAUGAUGGAAGUCAUUCAGAAGAAUUAUUUUUCCAUCUUAAAAGUAGAUCAGAGAAAGAACACCUACCACGGCGUGCCAGUGAAAGUCAUCUCAGCUGCCUGAAGCAAGACAUCCUAAGUGAAAAGACUGCAUUGGAAGCAACGCUUGAGGAAGCUGAGAUAGCAACCUGUUCUGUGGAAUUACUUUUGCCAUUAUUUAAGGAAACUGUUGAAAAGAUUAGUUUUGAAAAUGCUAAUCUUUUUGCAUCCGAUUUGAAGGAGAUUUCUAAACAGAAGGCAAUAUUAACAAAGGAAUUAGAUGCUUUUAAACGUGUAAAGCAAACAUUAGAACAUCUACUUGGACAGACAGAAUACAAACAAGUAGGGGACAGGUUAUCCAGCAUGUUAUUAGAGAAGCUAACUGAUAAUGAAGGUGAAAAUACUAAUCUUAAGAAGAAGUUACUUGAAAAGGAGACAUGUAUCCAAGAACUUUCUAGUUUGUUUCAGAAUGAAAAGGCAAAUGCUUUGAAAGCAGACCGUUUUUCACAGUCAGUAAAAGUAGUACAUGAAAGACUGCAACUCCAAAUUAAUAAGAAGGAAGCAGAGAAUGAUAAGUUAAAAGAAUAUAUAAAGAGCUUAGAAACAAAGAUAGCUAAAUGGAAUUUACAAUUGAGAAAGAAUAAGCAUGAGGCCGUAGUGAUCAAAGAAUCAAGUAAGCAAAAAGCCAUAGCUCUGAAGAAGGCAUCUAAAGCUUACAAAAAAAGGCUUGAACAUUUUAUGGAAAACAUUGAAAACCUUACUUCCCAAAUUAGAGACCAGGAAGCCAAGUUGUCUGAAACAAUUUCAGCUUCCACUGCUUGGAAAAAUCAUUACGAGAAAGUUAUAAUAGAAAAAACCGAGUUGGAGGUUCAGAUCGAAACACUGAAAAAGCAAAUCACUAAUCUUUUGGAAGACCUGAAGAAAAUGGAAGACCAUGGAAAAAAUUCAUGUGAAGAAAUUCUUAGACAACUUCAGUCCAUUGAACAUGAAAAUGAAACUGUCAAUCUUGAGAAUACAAAAUUAAAGACUACACUUGCUGCUUUAAAGGAAAAGGCUGCUUCCAUCGAAAAUGAACUUUUAGAAUUGCAAGAAGUAGAAAAUCAACAGAAAACCCUUAUUGAAGUAUAUAAAACUCAGGUACAGAAGUUGCAAGAAGAAGCUGAAAUAGUGAAAAGCAGAUGUGAAAAUUUACUGCAUGAAAAUAACCAAAUAACAAAAAACAAAAAUAAAAAAUUAGAGAAAAUGAGAGGCCAGAUGGAGUCUCAUCUGAAGGAGCUAGAGCGCAUCCGUGAUUCCUUGACGGCGGCCGAGCGGAGGCUUCACGAGAGUCAGGAGAGUCUGCAGUGCUACAAGGGGAAAUGUGCAGACCAGGCACAGACCAUUAGGGAGCUGCAGGGUCAGGUUGAUGGAAAUCACAGUCUUCUGACAAAGCUUUCUCUAGAAGAGGAAAAUUAUCUUAUUCAGUUGAAGUGUGAAAACCUUAAACGAAAAUUAGAACAGAUGGAUGCAGAAAAUAAAGAACUUGAAAAGAAGCUGGCAAGCCAAGAAGAAUGUCUUAAGUACAGCAAUCUUAAGUUUAAAGAGAAAUCUGCAGAAUAUACAGCAUUGGCCAGGCAGCUGGAAGCUGCUUUAGAAGAAGGAAGACAAAAGGUUUCUGAAGAAAUAGAGAAAAUGUCAUCUAGAGAGAGGGCUUUACAAAUUAAAAUAUUAGAUCUGGAAACUGAGCUUAGAAAGAAAAAUGAAGAACAAAAUCAACUUGCUUGCAAAUUUAGCAGCAAAGCACAACACCAGGAAGUAUGUUUAAAAGAAAUACAACAUAGUCUUGAGAAGUCGGAGAAUGAAAAUGAGAGUAUGAAGAAUUACUUGCAGUUUCUUAAAACGUCGUAUGUAACUAUGUUUGGGUAAAUUGUUAUCGUCUAGAAGCAAUAGGUUUUUUACUAUGAGUUAAAACGUGAUUAGGUAAAAAAAUAAACUACCUGCUGUUACACUUGGUGAUUUGUAGGUGAUAAUAUUAGAGUUUUUAUGUAAAGAUUUUUGAAACAUAAUUUAUUAUUCAAUUAAAACUUUAAAACAAGAUAGAGAUGUUAGAACUCCUUUCUGAAAUAAAGAACGCCUAUGACUUUUUUUUUAUUUGUUAAAUGAUUCUAAAAAAAGUUUUACUCUUGUUUAAUUUCUAUUUAAAUCAUAUCGAAUUUUCAGAAUGUAUUUCACACAUGUAUGCCAAAGAAGCCAAAGUAUUCUUUAUGACAAUCUGUGGCCACCAUUCAAGUGAAUUUGUAAUUAGUCCGGGCCAAUUAUGGACCAAAUUAAAAAAAAAAAAGAAAUUGCCAUCAAGUUGAUUCUGACUCAUAGUGGCCCUGUAAGACAGAGUAGAACUGCCCUAUAGGGCUUUCUAGGCUGUAAUCUUUACUGGAGCAGAUCACUAGGUCUUUCUUCUGCAGAGCUGCUGGUGGGUUUGAGCUGCCGACCUUUGGAUUAGCCGCUGAGCACUUAAGCAUUGUGCUACCAGGUUUCCUUAUGAGCCAAAUACAGGAUUUUAAAUAAUGUACAUAAUUGUUUUAUACUGUGGUGCUAUACAUGUUAAUACAAUAAAGGGAAACAUUUUGGAUUUUAGUUUUUGGUAAUGGUAAAAUUACAUACUUUCUAAAGAUACCAAGUAUCUCAGUAUACUUAUUAUUUCACGUAUAUGCUAAGAUGCCAUUAUGAUUUCUCUUUAUGUUUUAAAUACAGGAUUUUAAGUCAUAGCUACUAAAUACCAAGUGACAGUGGCAGAUGAAGAACGUGUUGGCAUAUGUCGUUUCUUUAUAAAGAAUAGGCGUUCAGGCUCUCCAAACUCACAGUCUCUUUUGUUUUUUCUUUAUUUUAUGUUAGUGAUUAUCUGAUAUUAUUAGUGUAGACAAUCUAAAGCCUCUAAAUUAACUAAAAUAUUAAAGGGAAACAAUUUGCUCCGCGCUUUCCACAGCCAUCUCACAUAGCAUGAUCAGAAUAAACACUCUUAAUACCAAGAAGUUUCAGGAUAAGUUAAUAUUAAGAUGAAGUAAGAGAGAUACUAAGAACUUGUUCUCUGUAACUCCCAUCCUAGGUGCUAAGACAGAAUACUCUAAAAAGUGGUCAAGUAAUAGUGACUCCUCUUAGACCAUGGCUUGAGAGCUGUUUGUUGGAAGGAAUACUCAGGUCUCAAAAGAUCAUUCAAAGAGGCAGGCUGUGCACUACGCAGUCUCAGCCUAUGAACAGAAUUCAGUCUCCCCAGGAUGUCCUCUUCCAUAGGAAAUGGGGGCCUGCUCCUCACUGGUCCACUUACUCCUAAGUCUGCCUUAUCAUCCUUCAGGGACUUACUUUCCCAGUCGCCCAACUGCUCGUAGUAUUUUUCUUAAAAUAGCAAAAUACAGUAAUGUCAGAAACUGGUCACAUUUUUUGCCUAAAAAUCACUACCAACAUUAGUUUGCCUCCCCUCUUCCCCCUUAUCCCUUUAAUCAUAGUGCCCACAGUACUAAUAAAUAUGCUUGACCCUUGUGGUCCUUUCUUCAUCUUCAAAAGCCAAGGCUGCCUUGAGAAAUGCCCACACAAAAGGAAACUAAGGUUCUUGAGUGCUGCUCAGUGACUGUGAGCUCCUUAGACCAGGAUUGUAUCUUCUUCAUGUUUGUAUCUCAGCCCCUACACAGUACCUGAUAUCUAUCUAGUAGGUACUCAGUUGACGUUGGUGGCUAGAAAUAGGGAUGGAUAUUGAAGUGUAUUCAGAGAGGGAGGCGGAGCCAAGAUGGCAGAAUAGACAGACGCUUCCAGCGAGCCUUCUCUACAACAAAGACCUGAAAAAAACAAGUGAAACGAGUAUAUUUAUGACAAGCUAGGAGCACUGAGCAUCAAAGGCAAGCUUAGAAAAUGAACAGAGUGGCAGGGGGAGGAAGAGACGUUUCAGAAGCAGAGAGGAGUUACUGGACCUGAAUCGCGGGGAACCCUCAGGGACCAUUCCCGGAGCGGCAGUAGGGGGCUGGUACUAGCAUCUGGCCACAGGUUCUUCAGGAAGAAGCAGCAACCACACAGCCUACUCACACCUCCAGACCCAGAGAAUGGCGCUCUCGGCAAAAGCUAAGUACUUGCAUAUAUUUUACCGUGCCUCCCCCACCCCAGGCCGGCUGUGGCGGGUGAAUUCCCUGCGCCUGAGACAGGCACUGUUGAGUGCCUAGAGCCAUUCUCCUGGCCUUGGAGAUGGAAAAAAAUUGCAACUGUGGGAAAAGAUAAUUUGCCAGCUCCACUAACCAGGGGAGCUCAGGACAGAAGCGGCUCCUGUCCAGGCAUAAACGGUCCAUGGACUUUGAGCACCUUUCCCCUCUGCAUUGACCUGUGUGGGCCUAUUUCAGGAGAAUAGGCCCUUGUUGUCAGACUCUAACAGUUUCAGCUGUGCAGUGGAGAGGUGGGUGUUUGAUGUUUGACAUUGCUUUGCCUAUUAAAUAGGGUCCUCACCUACCCACAUCAGGGGCCUAAGGACUGGUAGCUCCACUCAGGUCACCCAGCCACCCAUGACAGGGGUCCAAGGAUAACUUGUACCUCCCAGUCCUUACAACCAAAAACCUUGGGUGCCCAUGAUCUGUCUGCAGAACCCACCCACCUGCAUGCACUAGGGAACAGGGACGCGCUUUCCUCAGAGACACUUGGGGGUCGGUUUUCAACCUCCUGCCUUGUUCAGAGCGUGACCCCCUGCUUCAAUCAGAUACCGGUAUAUACACCAAUCACCCCUGCCCCUCUAAGAAUGUAGGACAGAGUCUCUACCACACACUUGAUGAUCACCUACCUGGACACCUGAGCUGAAUUCAUACAAGAAAAGUGAAUGGACUCCUAGACUGAUAUAUCUGAUGACAGCUCUAGCCAUCUGGGGACAGGACAUAAGAGCUCCAAAGGUGAAAAUAAUCAAGCUAGCUCACUCUAGCAAACCAUUUGGGCAUAUCAAAAUAAAACAAAGCAAGAAGCGGCAACACAGUAAGCAAGCAUAAACUAAUACAAUAACUUAUAGAUGGCUUGGAGACAACAGUCAAUAUCAAGUCACAGAAAGAACCAGACCAUAAUCACCUCAACAAGCUCUCAAAACAAAGAAUUCAGGGAUCUUCUAGAUGAAAGUGCAUUCCUGGGAUUACCAGAGGCAGAAUACAAAAGAUUAAUAUACAGAACCCUUUAAGAAAUCAGGAAGGAAGUGAGGCAAUCCUGAACAAGCCAAGGAGCACACAGAUAAAGCAAUUGAAGAAAUUAGAAAGAUUAUUCAAGAAUGUAAUGAAAAAUUUAAUAAGCUGGAAAAAUACAUAGACAAAAAUCAGAAAUUCAGAAGAUUAACAAUAAAAUUAUGGAAGUAGACAACUCAACAGAAAGAGGAGCAGAAGUGAGCAACUAGAAGCCAGAAUUUCUGAACUUGAAAUCAGUUGGCGCUAAUAUAUUUGAAGAAAAAUCAGAUAAAAGAAUUUAAAAAACAUGAAGAAACUUAAGAAUCAUGUAGGACUCUAUCAAGAGAAAUAACCUACGAGUGAUUGGAAUACAAGAACAGGGAGGGAUAACAGAAAAUACAGACAGAAUUGUUGAAGAUUUGUUGGCAGAAAACUUCCCUGACAUCAUGAAAGAUGAGAAGAUACCUAUCCAAGAUGCUCAUCGAAUGCCACAUAAGGUAGAUCUUAAAAGAAAGUCACCAAGACGUAUUGUAAUCAAACUUGCCAAAACCAAAGAUAAAGAGAGAAUUUUAAGAGCAGCUAGGGAUAAACGAAAAGUCACCUACAAAGGAGAGCCCAUAAAAAUAAGCUCGGACUACUCAGCAGAAACCAUGCAGGUAAAAAGGCAAUGGGAUGACAUAUUUAAGAAAUUGAAGGAAAAAAAGAGCCAGCAAGAAUCAUAUAUCCAGCAAAACUGUCUCUUGAAUAUGAAGGUGAAAUUAGGACAUUUCCAGAUAAACAGAAGUUUAGGGAAUUUGUAAAUACCAAACCAAAACUACAAAAAAUACUGAAGGGAGUUCUUUCGUUAGAAAAUCAAUAAUAUCAGGCAUCAACUCAAGACUAGAACACUGGACAGAGCAAUCAGAAUUCAACCCAGACAAGGAAAUCAAAAAAAAAAAAAAAACAAAGCAAGAUUAAAGAAAAAAAAGGAAAAGCUCAAAACAGGGUAGCAGCAAUGUUAUAUAAAAGAAGACAACAUUAAAACAAUAAAGAGGGACUAAGUUUUUUUUUAAGAAAUGUAAUCAUAGAUUGUGCAUAUGGAGAGGGAGAUACGGCAAUACAAGGAAAUAAAAGUUAGGUUUAAUUUAGAAAAAUAGGGGUAAAUAAUAAGGUAACCACAAAGGAGACAAACUAUCCUACUCAUCAAAAUAAAAGAAAAAAAAAUAGAGACUGAGCAGAAACAAAAUCAACGACAACGAAUAUGAGGAAAGGACAAUAUAUAAAGAUACUCAGCACAUAAAAUUAAGUGGGAGAAAGAAACUGUCAACAACACACAAAAAAAGACAUCAAAAUGACAGCACUAAAUUCAUAACUAUCCAUAAUUACACCGAAAGUAAAUGGACUAAAUGCAGCAAUAAAGAGACAGAGAGUGGCAGAAUGGAUUAAAAAACACGAUCCGCCUAUAUGCUGCCUACAAGAGACACACCUUAGACUUAGAAGCACAAAGAAACUAAAAAAAGGAUGGAAAAAAAUAUAUCAAGCAAACAACAAAAAAGAGCAGGAGUGGCAAUAUUAAUUUCUGACAAAAUAGACUUUAAAGUUAAAUCCAUCAGAAAGGAUAAGGAAGGAUACUAUAUAAUGAUUAAAGGGACAAUACACCAAGAUGAUAUAGCCAUAUUAAAUAUUUAUGCACCCAAAGACAGGGCUGCAAGAUACAUAAAACAAACUCUAUCAGCAUUGAAAAGUGAGAUAGACAGCUCCACAAUAAUAGUAGGAGACUUCAACACACCACUUUCGGUGAAAGACAGGACAUCCAGAAAGAAGCUCAAUAAAGACACAGAAGAUCUAAAUGCCACAAUCAACCAACUUGACCUCGUAGACAUCUACAGAACACUCCACCCAACAGUAACCAAGUAUACUUUCUUUUCUAGAGCACAUGGAACAUUCUCUAGAAUAGACCACAUAUUAGGUCAUAAAGCAAGCCUUAGCAGAAUCCAAAACAUUGAAAUAUUACAAAGCAUAUUCUCUGACCAUAAUACCAUAAAAGUGGAAAUCAAUACCAGAAAAGGCAGGGAAAAGAAAUCAAGCACUUGGAAACUGAACAAUACCCCGCUCAAAAAUGAUGGAAUUAUACAAGACGUUAAGGCUGGAAUAAAAAAAUUCAUAGAUUCCAGUGAGAAUGAAAACACUUCCUAUCAGAAUUUUUGGAACACAGCAAAAGCGGUGCUCAGAGGUCAAUUUAUAUCAAUAAAUGCACACAUCCAAAAAGAAGAAAGGGCCCAAAUCAAACAAUUAUCCCUACAACUUGAACAAAUAGAAAGAGAGCAACAAAAGAAACCUUCAGGCACCAGAAGAAAACAAAUAAUAAAAAUUAGAGCAGAACUAAAUGAAAUAGAAAACAGAAAAACAGGAAGACCCAACUGAAAUUAAAAGAAUCAUAUCAGAUUACUAUGAAAAACUAUACUCAGACAAAUCUGAAAACCUAGAAGAAAUGGAUGAAUUCCUAGAAACACACUACCUACCUAAACUAACAAACAGAGGUAGAACAACUAAAUAGACCCAUAACAAAAGAAGAGAUUGAAAAGGUAAUCAAGGAACUCCCAAAGGAAAAAAGGCCUGGCCCGGACAGCUUCACUGCAGAUUUCUACCAAACUUUCAGAGAAGAGUUAACACCACUACUACUAAAGGUGUUUCAGAGCAUAGAAAAGGACAGAAUACUCCCAAACUCAUUCUAUGAAGCCAGCAUAUCCCUGAUACCAAAACCAGGUAAAGACACCACAAAAAAAAAAGAAAAUUACAGACCUUUAUCCCUCAUGAAUGUAGCUGCAAAAAUCCUCAACAAAAUUCUAGCCAAUAGAAUUCAACAACAUAUCAAAAAAAUAAUUCACCAUGACCACAUGGGAUUCAUACCAGGUAUGCAGGAAUGGUUCAACAUUAGAAAAACAAUUAAUAUAAUCCACCACAUAAAUAAAACAAAAGACAAGAAUCACAUGAUUUUUAUCAAUUGAUGCAGAAAAGGCAUUUGAAAAAGUUCAACAGCCAUUCAUGAUAAAAACUCUCAGCAAAAUAGGAAUAGAAGGAAAAUUUGUCAACAUAAUAAAGGUCAUUUAUACAUAGCCAACGGCCAACAUCAUCAUAAAUGGAGAUAGCCUGAAAGCAUUCCCCUUGAGAUCGAGAACCAGACAAGGAUGCCCUUUAUCACUGCUCUUAUUCAACAUUUUGCUGGAGGUACUAGCCCGAACAGUUAGGCUAGAUAAAUAAAGGGCAUCCAGAUUGGCAAGAAAGAAGUAAAAGUAUCUCUAUUUGCAGAUGACAUGAUCUUAUACACAGAAAACCCUAAGGAAUCCUCCAGAAAACUACUGAAACUAAUAGCAGAGUUCGGCAGAGUAUCAGUAUACAAGGUAAACAUACAAAAAUCAGUUGCAGUCCUCUAUAGCAACAAAAAGAGCAAUGAAGAGGAAAUUACCAAAUCAAUACCAUUUACCGUAGCCCCCAAGAAGAUAAGAUACUUAGAAAUAAAUCUUACCAGAGAUGUAAAAGACUUAUACAAAGAAAACUACAAUACACUACUGCAAGAAACCAAAAGAGACCUAUGUAAGUGGAAAAACAUACCUUGCUCAUGUAUAGGAAGACUUAACAUUAUAAAAAUGUAUUCUACCAAAGCGAUUUGUACAUUUAAUGCAAUUCUGAUCCAAAUUACAACAACAUUUUUCAGUGAGAUGGAGAAAUAAAUCACCAACUUCAAUUGGAAGGGAAAGAGGCCCCGGAUAAGUAAAGCAUUACUGAAAAAGAAGAACAAAGUGGGAGGCCUUACUCUACAUGAUUUUAGAACCUAUUAUACCACCACAGUAGUCAUAACAGCCUGGUACUGGUACAACAACAGAUACAUAGACCAAUGGAACAGAAUUGAGAAUCCAGACAUAAAUCCAUCCACAUAUGAGAAGUUGAUAUUUGACAAAGGCCCCAAAAACAGUUAAAUGGGGAAAAGACAGUCUUUUUAACAAAUGGUGCUGGAUAUCCAUCUGCAAAAAAAUGAAACAAGACCUGUACCUCACUCCAUGCACAAAAACGAGCUCAAAAUGGAUCAAAGACCUGAAUAUAAAAUCUAAAACGAUAAAGAUCAUGGAAGAAAAAAUAGGGACAACGUUAGGAGCCCUAAUACAUGGCAUAAACAGUAUACAAAACAUUAUAAAUAAUGUAGAAGAAAAACUAGAUAACUGGGAGCUCCUAAAAGUCAAACACCUAUGCCCAUCCAAAGACUUCACUAAAAGAGUAAAAAAGAUUACCUACAGACUGGGAAAAAGCUUUUAGCUAUAGCAUGUCCAAUCAGUACCUAAUCUCUCAAAUCUACAUGAUACUGCAAAAACUCAACUGCAAAACGACAAAUAACCCAAUUAAAAAAUGGACAAAAGAUAUGAAUAGACACUUCACUAAAGAAGACAUUCAGGUAGCUAACAGAUACAUGAGGAAAUGCUCAUGAUCAUUAGCCAUUAGAGAAGUGCAAAUCAAAACUACAAUGAGAUUCCAUCUCCAACAAAACCAAAAAAACCAAACCCACUGCCGUCGAGUCGAUUCCGACUCAUAGCGACCCUGUAGGACAGAGUAGAACUGCCCCAUAGAGUUUCCAAGGAGCGCCUAGCCGAUUUGAACUGCCGACCUCUUGGUUAGCAGCCAUAGCACUUAACCGCUACGCCACACUCCACAAGGCUGGCAUUAAUCCAAAAAACAUAAAACAAUAAAUGCUGGAGAGGUUGUGGAGAGAUUGGAACACUUACACACCGCUGGUGAGAACGUAAAAUGGUACAACCACUUUGGAAAUUGAUUUGGCGCUUCCUUAAAAAGCUAGAAAUAGAACUACCAUAUGAUCCAACGAUCCCACUCCUUGGAAUAUAUCCUACAGAAAUAAGAGCCUUUACGUGAACGGAUAUAUGCACAUCCAUGUUCAUUGCAGCACUGUUUACAAUAGCAAAAAGAUGGAAGCAACCAAGGUGCCCAUCAACGGAUGAAUGAAUAAAUAAAUUAUGGUAUAUUCACACAAUGGAAUACUACCCAUUGAUAAAAAACAGUGAUGAAUCUGUGAAACAUUUCAUAACAUGGAGGAAUCUGGAAGGCAUUAUGCUGAGUGAAAUUAGUUGCAAAAGGACAAAUAUUGUAUAAGACCACUAUUAUAAGAGCUUUGGAAAUAGUUUAA